AGGCGGCGACAUGGUUCGCGACGGACUGCCUGCCGCCUGCCGCGUGUGAAAUGAUAAUGGAACGCGUGAAAGUCUGUAAGCGGCCGCGCGAGAAGUAAGUCGCCGUCGUGUUUGGAGAAGUGUUGGGAGCGACAAUACUCGACCAUGUUGAACGGAGUGCGUGUUGCGGGAUUGUUCCGCUGGACGCUGUGGGUGGCGCUGGUGUUGCUGCUGAGGCACUCGGCAGGCUCGCAGCUGGCGACGCCCAGCGCACUCGGUACCGCCGGCACCGCCAGCACCGCCGGCACCGCCAGCACCGCCGGCACCGCCAGCCUCGCAGGGCUGCCGCCGCGCACGAGCAGCUCGGCGACCCGCCCCCGGGCGGCCGCCGCCAGGACGGUGCGUGCCAUCGACCCGGGGGAGGCCAGCGCCCGCAACCUGCCCUCGCCCACCGCGCCGGCACACAAGGGGCAGUCCUCGGACGGCGGCGCCGCGUGGCACGACUACCGCCGCCGCAUUCAGCCCACCAGGACCUCGCCUGCCGACAGCGACCGGCACACCGCCCGGCUCCUCACCACCGCCCCGUCGGGGGAAGUCUCUGGGGGUCCCCAGGGGAGGGCUCUGCCCCUCCUGGAGGACCCCGCCUCCACGGCUCCUGUCCCGCCCGCGAUGAGUCAGCCCCAGGUGAGUGCCACGCCGACCCAGGCACCGAGCUACCGUAGCGACGAGCCACGCAAGACCAACCCCGACAUCCAGGACAUCAUCACCGGCAUCGUGAAGCUGCUCAACGGCAACGUGAAGGUCCAGGCGAACCCCGACCUGCCCCCGGGGGCCGCAGUGCGCCCUGGCAAGCCCCUCCACUCGCGCAUCAACAACCGUGGGCCCCCGCGCAUCACCGACAUGCCCCCGCUGCCCCCGGACUUUGGUGGACUCCCGCCUCAGCCCCAGCUGCAGCACACCCGCCUGCCGCCCCCCUACCCGUUCGACCUGCCCCCGGGCAUCGUGCCCCUGCCCCCGCAGCCCUCGCCGCAGUCCGAGCGGCCCUUCCUGAGCGGCGUGCCGCUGCCCGAGCAGGUGGUGCCGCUCCGCCCCCACAGGCCGCGCCCCAUCCGGCCCCGCCCCACCCCGCAGCCCAUACCCCCCUUCAGGCCCCCUCGGCCUCCCCCGCUCCCGGACACGGACCUGCAGCCGCCGAGCAUCGACCAGGUGUCGCUGUACGAGGAGCCCGAGGAGGACAGCACCGCGACCACCGCGACCACCACGACAACCACCUCUACACCAUCGACCAAGCCCCCAACGAAAAUGGCGAAAACAACAACCACCACAGCGAAACCCCCACCCAAGACAACAACGAAACCCCCACCCAAGACAACAACGAAACCCCCACCCAAGACAACAACGAAACCCCCACCCAAGACAACAACGAAACCCCCGCCCAAGACAACGACGAAGCUAACCGUCUCUCCGGAGCAGUUGUCGGACAGCAGUGGGGGCAGUGCCCCGGAGAAGAAGCCCUCGGAAGCUGCAGGCCCCCCGGGCAGGCCAGAUGACGCCUCCCUGCAGGACGUGCCCGCAGCAACCCCGCCUGCGCCCACUGCAUCGGAGACACCCGUUACACUGGAGCCGUCGACAGGCGUGGGCUCGGCGGUGCCCGUGCUGGAGUCCUCUAUGCUGGAGGCAAUGCUGCUGGAUGCAACUACCAGUUCCGAGGGCCCAUCUUCGACAACCUCCACUCCGCCCAUCACCACUCCCACAGAGCUGUCCAGUAAGAGGCCGCACAUAGCCACAGAGGGUGCUGGGGUGCCGUACUUGCCCUACCAGCCGCGGCCGGGCAUCGUGCUGGACGACCCAGAGUACACUCCCGGCAAGAGGCCCGUCCUCACGGCUGCCCAGGGCUUCCCCGGCGAGGCCUUCGACAUCACCGUGUCCGCGGUGCAGGGUCCGGGGCACACCGGCCAGCCCUUCGUCUACCCGGUGGAGAUGGAGGGAGUGAGCCUGCCCGGAGCAGCGGGGGAGGUGUCGGUGAUCACCAGGCCCAAGGAGGGACAGCACUUUGUGUCCAUCGACGGCAAGCGCACCUACUUCGACCUGCUCGGCAGCACGUCGACCGGGACGGUGGCUGGUGCGCAGCCCCUGCCCUCGACGGCCGUGGGCACGGGGUACGCCGUGCCGUUCUCCUCGCCGGCACACACGCAGUCGGGGGCCGCUGGGACUCCGCCCCGCCGCCGGCCGGCCCGCCCGCCCGUCAGGAUCGACACCUGCAUCGUGGGGGACGACUCCACCUGUGACUCGACGCACAGCGAGAAGUGCCGCACGGAGGCAGGCGUGUCGUCGUGCCACUGUCGGCCCGGCUACAGCCGCCGCAAGCACCGGGAGCCGUGCCGCAGGGUGGCGUCCAUCCUCAUGUCGCUGCGCGUGGACCGACUGUACGAGCGCAAGGUGGUGUGGAGCAGCGAGCUGCAGGACCGCGAGUCGGAGCCGUACCAGCAGCUGUCCUGGGAGGCCGUCCGGGCCAUCGACUCAGCCAUGUCGAUGACACCCUUCUCGGACGACUUCCUGGGCGCCCACGUGAACGGCAUGUACGCGGGCACGGGCGCGCGGCGCGGCGCGGUGUUCGUAAACGUGACGCUGCAGCUGGAGGAGAGCGCGGAGACGCUGCGGCCGGCCGUGCGUCUCGACAUCCAGCGCCACCUGUUGGGCGUCAUCCACCGGCGCAACAACAACGUGGGCAACAGCGCGCUGUGGGUGGACAGUCCGCCCGGCGCCGUGUCCCAGCUCCGAGAUGUGGACGAGUGCAGCAGCGAGGACCUGCACGACUGCCACGCACGCGCCACCUGCAGCAACGUGUUCGGGUCGUUCCGCUGCGAGUGUGCGGACGGCUACCGUGACCCGUGGGCGGGCGAUGUGCAGCGCAGCGGGCGGCAGUGCGCUGCGUGCUCUCCCGACCACUGCAGCGGGCGCGGCGAGUGUCGCUACGAGGACGGCCGCCAGGUCUGCCGGUGCACGGGCAACUUCUACGGCGCGCAGUGCGAGGUGGACGGAGAGGUGCUGGGCGUGGCGGUGGGCGCGUCCGUGGCAGCCGUGGUCAUCAUCCUGCUGACGGUCGUGUGUCUCUGCAUGUGGAGCCGGCGGUGGAGCCGUGAGCAGAAGACGGCGGCCGGCGCGGGCUCGCCGGUGUUCGGGUACAUGGGCGCGGGCGUGAAGACCCCGGGCGUGGGCGCGCCCCCCUACCAGGUGUCCCUGGAGGACCGCCUGCGCUGGGCUCAGAUCGCAGACGUCAUGGCACAGGCCAACCACUACGCACAGCCGGAGCCCGUGAACGCCCCCACGCGACCGUCGUCGGCAGUGUUCGGGUACCCCAGCUUGAGCGUGUCGGGGACGCUACCCCACCUGGGCCCCCCGCCGGUGCCCCUGCCACGCCUCGGCCUGGGCCACGGGCCGCCCACCGUGUGCAGCCGUGCCGAGUCCACCAGCAGCGAGGAGGAGGACCGCACGGACCUGCUGGGCCGUGGCUUCCACGUGCCGCGCCCCAGGAGCCGCUCCUCCGUGGCGAACCAGAGUGGCAUCUACUACGACGUGGACUACGACCAGAGUGUGUACGGCACGGCCACCAAGAGCCACCACACGGCCAUCCCGCUCAGCACGUACGGCCGGUCGCCGUACUACCGGCAUUGAGCGUGAUCCUCGCCUCUGGCAGUGCUGUGCAGUUCCGAGUGCAUCAAGCAUUUGGGAUAUAACCAUUUGAAACUCGCCUGUCUUGUCGUGUAACUGAAAAAAAAAAAAGUAUAAUUUUUAAUGAACUUAAGGCAUCUUUAAACAUAAAUUACAAAAUGGAUAAAUUUUUGGGUUUUUACAAUAAAACCAACAUUUAUUUACUGUCAGAAAUUUUAGUUAUUGGUAACCAACACCAUUAUUUUGAUUAACACUGGUUUCUCAGAGGUAACUGGCAGAUUGUAUCAGAACUUCAACACACUGUGUGAUGAAACCACUUCUCAACAAGAGAAAGACUUAGUAUCAAAUUCUGUGAUGCUAGAGAUAAAACCCACUUAGCUGAGCAGGCUGGUUUGCAGGCGGCUACACACACACUACUUCUCUUGUACAAGAACAGUUGAAUCGUGGCCGCGUGCAAACCCUCGGGAUGCAAAUGGCACAGUCUGGCCGGCCCGACUUAAGCUGAGUUGUAGUACAUUACUACAAGGGUUAAGUAAGUUACAUGGAAAAGGUAGGAAACACACAAUAUGAGUUCAAAAAAAAUAUUAAAGGAAAUAAAAACGAUUUUCUCUUUUGUGUUCCUUAUUCAUAUUUGUUGCAAAGUUUUACAUUCACCAAAAAAUCCAAAUAUGUUAUAGGUUAACUUUUUAUAGCAUACCAUUACGAGUGACAAGACUUAUGGAAUGCAGCAGUGCCACCAUUCGCUUGUCAACUCUGCACCCAGCUGUACCAACCUCACGACACAGAGGCAUUGAAAAUGCCAGCGAUGUUUAGCCGUACCAUCUGGAUGUUCAGGAUUGCUCACAUGAGAUCUGGAUGCAUGUAAGUAUGAAAGUGUUGGAACUGCUACAUGGUAGCUUGACAGUAUUGUGCGAGCUGAACAAUAUUGAAAAAUGUUUUAGUUUGUAUGUGUAAAAUUGUAAACACAAGUGUACUGUAUUUAUAAAAAAUAAACUUUUUUAUGUAAACUA